GGGUCGUCUUCUUCUUCACUCCAAAAAAGUCUAAAAAAAAGAAAAAAAAAAGAGAGGGAGACCAAUCGGCGCUGAUGGAGGCGUCGCCGGCGGAGAGGGAGAUGCCGGCGGAGUGGGGCGAUGGCGCGGUGGCCAUGGGUUUUCGGGUGAAGGCUUCUUCUCGCGAGUCGGCGUCACAGAAGGCGGGCAACGUGCUGGAGCCCGACCUGCGCUCUCACUGGUCCACCGCCACCAACACCAAGGAGUGGAUCCUCCUAGAGCUCCAGGAACCGUGCCUCCUCUGCCACAUCCGCAUCUACAACAAGUCCGUCCUCGAAUGGGAGCUCACUGCAGGAUUGCGCUACAAGCCUGAUGCCUUCGUCAAGGUCCGCCCGCGCUGCGAAGCCCCCAAGCGCGACAUGGUGUACCCCGCCAACCACACCCCUUGCCGCUAUGUCCGCAUCUCCUGUCUGCGCGGCAACCCCAUCGCCAUCUUCUUCAUCCAGCUCAUUGGCAUCCCCGUACCUGGGCUCGAAUCUGAGCUCCAGCCUCUGGUCAACUACUUGCUGCCACAAAUCACAUCCAACAAACAACCUCCUUCUCACAAUAUGCAUCUCCAGUUGCUUAAAGACAUUGCAAGCAGGUUACCACCAUUUCUGCCCCAGAUUGAGGCUGACCUUAAUAGCAUCGUGGACACCCCAGAGAGCAGCGUGCGGUUUUUGGCUCUGCUCGCUGGACCAUUUUACCCGAUCCUUCACCUUAUAAAUGAAAGGGAUCCUACAAAAACUUUGAUUAGUUCUUCUGAUUCAGAUACCCUGAGAACUAGUCCAGCUGCUACUCCAACAGUUUCCUCAAAUUUUGAGGCACAACCUAGGAGAUCACGGAGUCCAUCAUCUGUUCAGCCCGCUUCAUAUUUACUGGCAUUUCGAUCUGAAAUGGCUGUUCUCCUCUUAAGGAAAGCACAUAAAGACAAAACCCUUGGAAUUUUUUGCCUCCGAGCAUCAAAGGUAUUGCAAAAGCUUUUGGAACCUGAGCCAUUUUUUCUUCCGAGUCAUGUCUGUGAUGAAAUUCCUAAAAGUGAUGCUUCCAGCCUAGUACUUUCUACAGACUACUCUAGUUUGUUUGGAGAAGAAUUUAGCCUAUCGGAAAAUCAUUUUGAUGGUUCGAUCCUGAAUAUUUUGGAUAUUGCUGCUGUCGAAGAAGGUUUUCUUCAUGUACUAUAUGCAGCUGCAUCACAGCCUCUGCUAUGUCGCAAGCUUGCUGAAGUUACUUCAGACAUGUGGUCUGUCUUACCACUUGUUCAAGCUCUUCUUCCAGCGCUUCGUCCUCCACUCAGUCCUGGUCCUACUGAACAUAUUGAUGAUUCUUUUAGCCAAUGGAAUCAUCCAAACGUUCAGAAUGCUCUGUCCCAGAUUGUUACAAUGUCAGUAUCAUCAUCAGCUUUUCAUUCUCUUCUCAGAGCAUGCGCUGGCUAUCUUUCAUCCUACCUUUCAUCGCAUGCAAAAGCAGCCUGUGUUUUGCUCGACUUGUGUAGGGGGCCAUUGGUAACAUGGAUACCCAUGAUAACAGCAAAGGUAGAUCUUGCAGUUGAACUUCUGGAGGAUCUCCUGGGUAUCAUCCAGGAAGCUGGCCGAUCUCUUGCUCGUUCUCGUGCAGCGCUGAAGUAUGUUGUAUUGGCAAUUUCCGGGCAUAUGGAUGAUGUGCUCACAGAAUAUAAAGAAGUCAUGCAUGCGAUACUUUUCAUUCUGGAGAUGCUAGAUCCUUUUAUCGAUCCUUCAACAAGUGUCAUGAAGGACACAAUAUUUGAUGGUAUCUCUGCUAUAUAUUUGGAGAAGCAGGCAAGUUCUUGCGAUGUUGCCUUGAAUAUUAUCCGUACAGCAGUAAAGAGGGCUGCAGUUCUCCCUUCUCUGGAACUUGAAUGGCGACGAGGAGCUGUUGCCCCAAGGGCAUUCUUUGUUGUCAUCAUCACGACUACUGUGCUUCGCUAUGCACUUCUUCAGCUUGAUUUGACAGGAUUAUCAAGACUCCACUCUACGACGGCUUUGAAGAGACAAUUUUUGGAUGUUUUAUUAUUUAGUGUCACCUCUUUCAAAUGCAACGCUAUUGCAUACGCCUUGCAUUUGAGUGUAAUUCUUUCCAUCUUGGAUCCACAUAUGCCACUUCCUCCUGACAUAGACCUCUGCAAAAGUUCAGUGCAUGAGAUUGAUCAGGCAUCUUUGGCUGUUUUGGAUUAUCCUGCACCACAGUCAUGCCACCCUGAAAAUAUUGAUGGGCGAGAUGCAUUUGAAACAACCGUUAGGUCUGAAAGUUUUGAACAGUGCAAUUCUUUGUUUGCUCCUGAAGAGUUAAAGCAAUCUGAGUUGAGAAGGCUUACUUUGAAUGGAAAAGGCCAUGAUGAAAAUGAAAUAACUCAAACAAGUUUGAACCAGGACAUCCCUGAAAGCAGAAGAAGUAACGAGAAAUUAUCAUCGGACCCUAUCCAGUUAGAUAAUAUUGCUGCUGCUGAUUACUUUGAUGCACAGGUUGAUUAUCGACAGCUGGAGAACCACCGGGACUAUGAGUUACGAGCUCAACAAUUUCAGCACUUAGCACUGAACCUAUGCAUGCAACAAGAACCUACACUUGAAGGCCAUAAUGCCGGAAUUGAUUCUUUGUUGUUAGCUGCAGAAUGUUACAUUAAUCCAUUUUUUCUCUUGGAUUGCCAGCCUACUUUAGAGCCUCUGGACAAAAUUGAACGUAUCCAUUCAGAGUUGAUGCAAGGAAAUGUUUCCUUUGAUCCAAAAGAUUUGCACUUAAAAGAUUUAGAUCUAGUAACAAUAUAUAAUUUGGAGGGCAAGAGGGAUAAAUCUGUCAUAGAGUUACUCCUGCUAGCUUCAAGAUUUGACUGUGAAUACCAGGAAAAGAUACCCGAAGGGGAAUCUUAUCCAAAUACCACCGAAGAUGGCAAGCAAUCUGUAGAAAUUUCACCAGAAGCUCUACAGUUUGCUGAUGCUGUAACUUUGGUCAGAAAGAACCAGGCUAUGCUCUGCCACUUUAUUAUGAAGCAAUUCCAAAGGAAAGGGCACUGGUGUAGUGAAAUUCUUCUCCAGAGCUUGUUGUUCUUGUUGCACUCAGCAACUGAUCUAUUUUGUCCACCAGAGAAUGUAAUUGAUAUAAUUUUGAAGUCUGCCGAAAACCUUAAUGAACAGCUUGCAUGUCUUUACAGUUUUGUUAAUGCAGGGGAUAAGAAAUUGGAUAGGGUAAAACUACAUGGUCUAAGAAGACGUUGGACCCUUCUCCAGAAGCUGGUUCUGGCUUCAUCUGGAAAUGAUAAUGCUAGAGAACUUGUCAGCGUUAAAAAAGAUGGUUUCCGUUUUAGAAGCUUAGUCCCUCCAUCAGCAUGGAUACAUAAGAUAUCGGAUUUCUCCAGGUUUUCUACCCCACUCCCUCGAUUUCUUGGAUGGAUGGCAGUGUCUCGUUAUGCCAAGGAAUAUUUAAACGAGAGGUUAUUUCUUGCUUCUGAUUUCUCACAGCUUACGUCUUUGCUGUCAAUUUACAUGGAUGAGCUUUCUUUGAUGGAUGGAGUUGCAAUUCAGAAGGCCAGGUCUGCAAAAGGUGAACUAUCUGAUUGCAAUAAACACUUGCUCCUUAAGAAGGAAACUGCUCUGUCAGUUCAACCAAACAUGACCAAACAGUUUAAGAUUUUACUUCCUGAAUUACAUUUCUUCUUUCCAAGCAUGGGCAAAUUGUUUAAUGCAUUUGGAGAGAGCAUCUUGGAGGCUGUUGGGUUACAGUUAAAAUGUCUCCCCAACAGUGCAGUACAAGAUGUUCUUUGUUGGUUUUCUGAGAUGUGCUUGUGGCCUUAUCUUGAACGCAUUAAGGAGCAUCUUGUAGCUGCAAACAGAGUUAGUUAUUUGAGAGGAAAUGUUGCUGCUAAUGCAAAAGCUGUUGUUUUCUACCUACUUGAGUCUAUUGUUGUUGAGCACCUGGAGGCUGUUAUUCCUGAAACACCAAGGAUAGUGCACAUUCUCGUGUCACUUUGUCGAGCUUCUUAUACUGAUGUGGCCUUCCUCAAGUCCAUGCUGUGUCUAGUGAAGCCGCUCAUCUCCUACUUCUUAAGGAAGAGAACUGAUGAUGAAAAAGUAUUGGGUCAUAUAACGGAGAGCAGUGAUUCUGAGUUGCUUUGUUUUGAAGAAUUGUUUGAAAUUAUCAGGUGUGGUAAACGUUCAGAGGGUACAACUGGAGAUAAGAUUCAAGUACCCUUGCUUAUCUUCAUUCUGGGAUCAAUGUUUCCUGAUUUCUCAUUUGAGAGGAGGAUUGAAAUAUUAGGUUCCUUGUUAGUUUGGGUGGAUUUUAUCAGUUUCGAUCCACCAUCAUUGUUAUGCAGCUAUCUUCAAAGCUUCCAGACACUUAUUGAUGGUUUUGAAACUGUAUUAGUCCAGAAUAUUGAGUUACUUGGUAUCAGCAUCCUUUCUGCGAGAAGCCAGUCUAUAGAAUCUGCUAAUUCCUUGGGUGUUGAUGGCAUCAUUCAGCAUGAGAAGAACACGCAAGAUAGGGAAGAGCAGGUACUAAUGAAAUCCACAGAAUAUUGUGAGAAUGUUGAAAGUCAUAAGGGUGUUUAUUCUCUACGUCGUGGCAGUAUCAAAGAAUUUUGUGGCGCCAUGGAGAAGUUUAUUUCACACCUUACUCCAUCUAUUGAGGGUAGUUGGAAAUGGCACCAUCAAUUGGCUUCCAGGCUCUCUUUGUCGAUUGCAAAAUGUCUGUUGUUUGCAAAACUUUUAAAGUCCAUUAUGCAAGAAGACACAGUAUCUAGUAGCCAUGAACAAGAUGUUGCUGUGAAAAUUUCCUGUGAGCUUGCACAAAAACACUGGGAAAGUGCUCUUGAAGGUCUUGUAGAAAUCAUUUUAGUAAAUCAGCAAACACAGUGCUGGCAGGUGGCAUCGGCUAUGCUUGAUUAUAUAGUUAAGAUGCCAAACGUCCUUGCUUGGGGUAAUGUUCUUAAUGCCACAUGCUCUGCAGUCAAGCACUUUUGCUCUCAUGCGCCUAGGAUAUCUUGGAGGCUGCAGACAGAGAAGUGGUUAUCGCUAUUGGUUUCUGGUGGAAUCAAGGACUUCAAGAACAGUGAGAUCUCUUUGAUUGAUCUUUUCUGUACAAUGUUGAGUCAUUCUGAACCAGAGCAGCGCUCUGUUGCAUUACAUCAACUUGGGAGGAUUAUUAACUCAACGAAUUCUACUGAAGCUGAUUCGAAAUCUCCUACUUAUAACCAAAAUGUCCUCACAUCUGGUUCAACAGUUACAUCCCUUCUAGCUACUCAUACAUGGGAUAGAGUAGCAGCAUUGGCUCUCCACGACUCUUCUAUGCUAUUAAGGAACCAUGCAAUGGCAUUGCUUACGGAAUAUGUGCCUUUUGUUGAUAGGAAACAUCUGCGGUCCUUUCUUGGAUCCAGCAACAGCAUCCUGAAUAGUGUGGGACAACUUUCUGGUGUAAUAGAAGAGGGCUAUUUGACACGAAUGUCUUUGCUGUUACUUUCUAGGGCAUGUCUUUAUUCUUCUCCUGAAGAUAUUGCUUUGAUACCUGAAUCUGUUUGGCAGAAGUUGGAAAACAUGCAAACAUCAAUUGGUGGUUUUGGUCAUAUGGAGAAAGAUUUGUGCCGAGCUCUGUGCCAACUUAGAAGUGAAUCAGAUGCUAAAAUGGUCGUAAAAGAAGUUAUCUCAGGAUCUACGACACAACCAAUCUGCCUUGAUUUUAAGAGCAUCCGUGAAUCAAUUCUACAGGUGCUGUCCUCUUUGAGUUCUGCUGAAGCAUACUUUGAGUUCUUCUCAGCCAGAUCUGAUCAAGAAUAUCAGGAACUUGAAGAAGCUGAGGUUGAAUUGGAGCUUAUUGAAAAAGAGAAAGCAGUUCAUGACUCUGCUGGACAUCCCCAUGAUACUGUGGUUCCUGAUAUGUCAUCAUAUCAUAAAUAUGGUAAUGAGGUUAAUAAACAGCUUCAGAAAAUCCGGGAAAAUAUACGGUCCCUGGAAAGGUCCAGGCUCAAAGAGGAAAUUACAGCACGCAGGCAAAAGAAGCUGCUUAUAAGACAUGCUCGUGAAAAGUACUUAGAAGAGAAAUGGUCUAAGGAAAUGGAGCUUAUGCAAGAGCUUGAUAGGGAAAGAGCUCUUGAGAUGGAACGCGAAAUAGAAAGACAGCGACAACUGGAUAUUGAGCGUGCAAAGUCUAGGGAGCUGCAAUUCAACCUUGAUAUGGAAAAAGAAAAACAAACUCAGAAAGAGCUUCAACGUGAACUGGAGCAAGUUGAGUUGGGGCGGUCAUCAAGGCGGGAGUACUCGGCUAAUCCUAACAGCCGGUCCAGGGAGAGAUACCGUGAAAGGGAUGGCAGCAGCCGAGGACAGCAGGAGGGGAGCCUGAGGUCAAGCAGCCGAGGCCAUGAGGGAGGAGGCUCUGCUCAAGUGCCGGCACCAGUUGUGCUUGCCGGAUCAAGGACAUUUUCAGGAGGCAACCUUCCAACGAUUCUGCAGCCUCGCGAGCGCGCCGCUGAUGAGGAAAGCGCCUGGGACGCCGGUGAUGCCAGCAGCAUCGGAGAUGCUGAAUUUGAUGGCGCGAGGCCGCAUGGGCCACGAGGCAGCAGCAAGUCAUCGUCGUCCAGGCAAGUCGUCGAACGGAGAGAGCGAGAUGGUGCUGCAGCUGCAGGCACAGCCAGAAGAGAAGGUAAAUGGGAGAGGAAGCAGCAUUCCUGACUAGCCUACUCGUUGAUGAAGAGCUAGCGUCGUAUCGAUGGA